AUGUUAAACAACAUUAUCCAGUUUAAGGGUUCAAAAGAAGAUCUUAAAAGUGCAAUUGAGAGCCAUAAUGGACUUACUGUUCUCGAUAUGAGUACACAAUGGUGUGGUUCUUGCCGUAGAUUAGCAAUGUUGUUACCGAAAAUUGCAGCAGAGAAUACAGACGUACUCUUUCUUAAAGUUGAUGUCGAAGAUAACCCCGAACUUAAGGAAUACUAUAAAAUCGAUCAAAUACCUGUUAUCAAUUUCUGCAAGAAUGAUAAAGGCUUGGAACCAAUUAAAACCUUAGUCGGAUUAAACGUUCCUGCCAUAAAAGAAAACAUUACAUCACUGAAAUAA